AUGUCUGCUCAAGCGAAAGGCAAGGCACCAAUACGCUCGAAGAAUUUCCCUUCGAGCAUGCUAGGCGUGUCCACAUUAGAAAUCGACGUGACGGAGGGACUGCGAACUAUGGUUAUAGACAGUGAUGAGGAUGAUGACCAGGAUGUGGAUACUAUGCAGCAGCGAUUACGACAGCAUAGUGAUGCGAUACCAGCAACGACAAAUAGGCCGCCUUUGGCAAGAAAAGCUGCAACAGCGCCUCCUGGAGAGCUGUACAUUUAUAAACAUCCACGACCGCAUAUCCCAAGAAGAGCGAUCAGCGAGAGGGCAAAUCGCGGUACAUCAAACUUGACCAGCCGGCAGCGCUCGAGUAGUGACACAAUUCCUCCCAUACCGCGACGUCUCCAAUCAACGACAGUUCCCCCGCGAUCUGCCAUCACCCGGAAAAUGACGAACAGGAAAACGGUUGGGAGGGUAGGAUCGAAGACGAAUAGACAUGUAUGGAGGUUGUCACCUCGAGCAUCCGCGCAUCUACGAUCCAUCUCAGAGGCUAUGGGCGAACGUAAGAAACUAGUCGAUAUAUCGUCCUUCUCAGAGAAAGCAAGAGUGAAAGAGACAUUGGAGAGGAAGAAAAUGGACCCUCUGAGGACGACGCCCUUUGUCGAUUUCAAGUUGAAAGAUCUGCCGGGCACGCCCUCAUCCAUGGUGGCUACGCCCAGAGAGCUCUACGGUGAGCAGUCUAGCAAUGGAUCAGCUCGAGCAUCCCCCAAAGGCCCGAGAUUGCUGCGUGAUGAAUCGCCGUUGCUGCCAGCACAUAGUGCAGCGCGGACCACACCCAGGGCAAAGCAUUUCUCCUUGCCCUUGACACCGCAAAUUCAACGGCGAGCUACUCUCAAACGCAGUAGCUCUGAAACAAAGACAAGCAGUAGCCCGGAAAAGAGGACAGUGUACAUCCCUGGGCCAAUCCGGAUCGAGGACAGGAUGGUAGCAACACCCCGAAAAGGGUCGAUUGCUACGCUAGAUUUGUUCGCGCAGCCCUAUACGCAAGCUAAGCGUUUUUCCGACCUCGUGGCGUUGGACAGCAUCGUGUGCUUCUUCCAGGAGCUAGGGAUCGUGGAAGAGGCGUCUGAAGAGGGCCUUGAUCUAUACUGGCUGCCGGGCGGAGACGUCGGAGAAGGCAUCUCGAAGACGGCCAAAGGAGGGCACAGCGAUCGCACGGGACAAACCUUCACUUCGGCUUCACCAUCGCCUCGAGUUUCCAUUCCAGACGGGCAACGUCACGCAGCUUCGCCAGAGAUUCCCGGGCGUCGAAGACUGCGAUCUCUGCUACACGGUGGUUCCAUACGGUGA